GCUAUUGUUGGUACUUUUCUGCCUUUGUUGAUUUGUGCAGCAUUUUCCUUGGUCAGAAUUGCUGCAACAGCAAACUGCCAGUCGAAAGAGAUGAAAGGCCUGUGUGCCUUGUCUGGGACGUGGCGAAAUCAGCUACAGUCAGUAAUGACUAUAACCUGCAAAACAGGAACCAUACAGGGUCAAUAUAACAGCGCCGUCGGAAAUGCUGAACGAGAGUACGAACUAGCAGGAAGGUAUCAGCAGGUGAAUGAAACGGAGUAUAUCGUGGGAUGGUCUGUUGCCUAUAAAAAUCAGUACCGUGAUGCUAAAUCCAUUGCAAGCUGGACAGGAGUGUUCUACGCCGCUGAAGGUACUAUCAAGACUCAGUGGAUACUUGCGUCAUACAAAGAUCCGGAAGAUUACUGGAGGACCUUUACAACCAAUCAAGAUACAUUCAGUAGGGUCCAAACCCAUCCUUGUGUACAGAACAACGUGAAAUGAAAAUAAUGCAUGCAACAUUAAUGAUCAUUUUAUGCCUCUAUAUAUGAAGUAUGAUAUUAUUUUAUUCUAUUAAAACAUGAUUCGUCAUUUUCUUCCUAAAUAAAACACAAUUAAACAGUU